AUGCUGAAACUUUUCGACUCGGGCAACGGCCUCCCAUGCUGUUCUACUGUUGGUAAAAGCUGGUAUGGACCCCAACCAAUAAGCAUAAUCAACAAAUGCAACAAUUUCGGUGUUAUUUUACAUGAAUUGGGACACGCUAUCGGGUUUCACCACGAGCAUCUACGUUACGAUCGCGAUCAGUAUAUUGAGGUUCUCCUGGAUAAUGUUCAAGAAGGUAGUAAACAUAGAUUUGAUAAAUUGCCACUAGAAUCUACAAAUACGUUGGGUCUACCUUAUGAUUAUAAUUCUAUAAUGCAUUACCCGAGAUUUGGUUUUGCGAAGAGUGACUUUCGUAGUACGAUUGAACCAACACGUCAAAUAAAUGGGAGGACACCGGAUAUUGGUCAGAUGAAUGCCCUGAGUACCAGUGACAUUACUGCUGCAAAGUUGCUGUAUAAUUGUUCUGCACAUGGUGGGUCAUUUUUUGAGCCUCACUAUAUGAUUAUCCCGCCAAUACAUCCAGAUGAUUCACCAAAAGUUUCCGAUAAAUGCAAAUGGACAAUCAGAGCUGCGGAAGGUGAACGAAUAAAGGUCACACUAACAUCAUGGGAUAUUCAAGAGACUCCCAACUCUCGCAUAUGUGGUGAAGACAAAACAGUUAUUGUAACGGCUAGUAAUUUUGUAUCGGUAACAUAUGCCAGGACUCGUUAUGAAAAUCAUCACCUGGGAUUCAUAUUGAAAUACGAGGCUAUUUGCGGUGGUGAUAUUAAUUUAAAAAGUAAUGAUACUUAUUACUUAGAAUCACCAAAUUAUCCAGAGUCAUACGGACCGAAUAAAUAUUGCCAUUGGAAUAUAGAGGCUCCUUACAAGCAUUAUAUAGUAAUUAAAUUUGAUUACUUUGAACUUGAAGAAAGUACUGGUUGUAACAAUGAUUUUUUGGAAGUACGAGAAGGUAGACGUGAAAAUGUGUCAGAUGGUAGAAGUUACUGCGGUAAAAAAGACCGUUUAGAAAUAACUGCUCUGACGAGAAAAAUUGAUCUGACGUUUAUAUCCAAUGGAUCGAAAGAAGCGGGAGGUUUUUCUGCCGCUAUUUCUGCAAUAUCUAUCAAUAAUGAUUUGUCUCCUUGA